AUGGUACAACACGAUACAGCAGCAGCUGCAGCAGCUGCUGCCUCCAAGGCAGCAGGAUCUGGUGGGGAACCAGUGGCUCAGCAGCAACAGCAACAGCAGCAGCAGCAGCAGCAGCAGAGGAAGCCCAGGGUAUACACCGCGAGCACAUUAUCUGGCGUUGGUCCUGCUGUUGCUGCUGCUGCAGGGAUAAGAGACAGUCUGCUAGGCAGCUACAACAGCAGCAGCAACAGCAGCAGCAACAGCAGCAGCAGCAGCAGCAGUUCACGUAGUCAGCGGUUUUACUGGGACGUGGAGAAUGACGAAGUGACAUUUGCUGACGGCAGCAGCAGCAGCAGCAGCAGCAGCAGGUACAGCAGCAGCAGCAGCAGCAAUAAUAUGUUUGCUUCUGGGGAGUUUACGCAGAUGGCGGAGAGGGAAGCAGAAGAUCCUUUGUCUCAGCCUCUAGUAGGAGACAUAAUAGAGAGGACACCUAGCAGCAGCAGCAGCAGCAGCAGCAACAGCAGCAGCAGCAGCAGCAGCAGAGGCAGAAUUAGUCUGUUUGCUGCCAGUAGGAAACAUGAGCCCUUCCCAAAGGCAGUUCAUCGCAGUUUGCUGCAGCAGCAAGAGCAGCAGCAGCAGCAGCAGCAGCAGCAGCAGCAGCGUGCUUCUGGAUCUCCAGCAGCAGGAGCAGCAGGAUCAGCAGGAUCAGCAGGAGGAUCUGCUGAGAAAUCUGCAGAAGCAGCAGCAGCAGCAAAAAUAGCAGCAGAUGCAGCAGAAGCAGCACGUAUAUUAGGUAUAGAUGCAGCAGAGGUGCAGCAAGCGCUGCAGCAACUGCAGCAAAAAUUAGGCAAAGAAAAGUUCGCUUUCUUACAAAAAAGGGCAGAGCAGCGGCUGCAGCAGCAGCUGCAGCAGAUGCAGCAGCAGCAGCAGCAAGAACAGCAACAGCAGCAGCAGCAGCAAGUGGAGAAGAAACAGCAGCAAUCUGCAAAAGUAGGAAACGACCAACAGUCAAUGAAGCAGCAGCAGGAAAAGCAGCAGCAGCAGCAACAGCAGCAGCAGCAGCAACAGCAGCAGCAGCAGCAGCAAGAAGCAACAGGUGACGCUAACGCCUUCUUACGUUAUCAAAUUAUGCUGCAGCGUGUAGCAGGAAAAGCAGCAGAAGCAACUGGAGGUGCAGCAACAGCAGCAGCAACGGCAGCAACAGCAGCAACAGCAGCAGCAGCAGCAGCAACAGCUGGGUUUGUAUUCGAUUCACGGGAAGCAGCAAAGCUGCGGUGGACAGAUCCGCUGCCACCAGAGGAGUUUGCUGCUGCUGCUGCUGCUGCUGCUGGAGUUUCUGCUGCUGCUCUACAGCAGCAGGAGAAAGAGCAGCAGUUUGCUGCUGCUGCAGGUGUCCCCUUAGUGCAGCAGGAACAGCAGCAGCAGCAGCAGCAGCAAUUGGCUGCCCUCCGUUUUGAUUUUAAUGGCCGUCUCCGUACAGACACCUGGGGACUACAAGCAGCAGCUGCUGCAGUUGUCUCCUUUUGGCAGCAGCUGCUGCUGCAGCAGCAGCAGAACCAGGACAGCAACGGAGAAGCAACAUCAGCAACAACACCAGCAGCAGCAGCAGCAGCUGCUGCUGCUGCAGCUGAGGAAGCAGGAGUGGCAGCAUGGUUAACACCUGCUGCUGCUGCUGCUGCAGCAACAGCAGCAGAAGCAGCAGCAGCAGCAGCAGAAGAUCCUCUUGCUCACUAUAAAGGAUUACAUCAUCAUGGGCAGCAACCAGCAGCAGCUGGCUAUACACUGGAGGAGUUGCUGCUGCUAGCACAUAGUGCAGCAGCAGCACAAAGAGCAUUAGCUGUACGUACACUUGCACAGCUGCUGCUAGCAGCAAGAGCCUGCUGCUACCUACCCAACUACACUGCAGCAGCAGCUGCAGCAACAACAACAGCAACAGCAGCAGCAGCAAAACCAGCAGCAGGAAAAGAAGCUUUACCAGAGCCAUUUGCUGCUUUCCGUCAGCAUCUUCUUCCCCUUCUUGGCCAGCAGCAGCAGCAACAGCAGCAGCAGCAGCAGCAGCAGCAGGUGCUGCUGCGUGCAGGCUUUGGAUUCGGCCUAAGCCGCUUCUGCCGCUACUUGCUGCUGGAUCAGCUGCUGCUGUUUCGUCUAUGUGGCUGCUUCCUUGCUGCUCCUGCUGCUGUUGCUGCUGCAGCAACAGCAGCAAUUGCCAACUUGUUGCUUCCCGUACACCCAACAAGGAGACUAGGAACAAUGCAGCAGCAACGAUUGCUGCAGCUGCUGCAGCAAGAGGAACAAGCACCACCUGAUGCUGCUGCUGCUGCUGUGCUGCACCUAUCAGCAGCAGACACAAACCUAUGCUAUGCAAUAGCUAAACCUUACAAGACACACAAACGCAACGCAGCAGCAGCAACAGCAACAGCAGCAGCAGCAACAGCAACAGCAGCAGCAGGUGCAUGCAGGUGUCUGCUAGGGGUCUCUGAUUUAGUUGCUGCUGAGGAAGAGCCUUCUUUAUUCCCUUUAGGGGGUUUAGAUCUUGUGGGGUGUACGUACACCCCAAUGACUGUAUGGCCUGCUGCAGCAGCAGCAGCAGCAGCAGAUGCUCGUGUCUGCUUAGGUCCAGGCAGUGCCUGGGUAGCUCUUGCCACGCGAUGGAACGAUCUGCUGCCGUCGCAGCAGCAGCAGCAACAGCAACAGCAACAGCAACAGCAGCAGCAGCAACAGCAACAGCAGAGCUACCUGGAUACACCUUUAGGGGAUUCCUUUGGUAGACACCCGCAUGCAGCAGCAGCAGACUUCGCGCAGCUGCUGCCUCGUGCUGCUCUGCUGCUGCAGGGCUGCUGGGGAGUUGCCGAGGAAGAGCAGCAGCUGCUGCGGCUGUUAUGUGGCAUGUGUAUGGGGGGACCGCAGCAGGUGCAGCAGAUGCUGCAGCAGCAACAUCUGCUGCAGCGGCUGCUGCUGCUCGCAGACAGUUUGCUGCUAGGCAGCGAGGCACGGAAGGAGCGCUGCCUUCUUGCUGCUAAGCAGGUGCUGCCUGCUGCUGAGUCUCUGCUGCGCAGCAGCAACAGCAGCAGCAACAGCAGCAGCGACAGCGCUGCUGCUGCAAAGGAGAUGCAGCACGAGUUCGAUAUAAAGGAGCAGCGGCUGCUGCUGCAGCUGCUGCUGCUGCUGCGCGUCUGCGUCUGCCGUGUUGAUGAGCUGCAACAGCUGGAGCCUCUCUUUGGCCCUCUAGAUAUCUUCGGCAGCAGCGACACCGAAGACAGCAGCAGCAGCAGCAGCAGCAGCGACAGCAGCGACAGCAGCAGCAGCAGCAGCAAGAGCAGUGUCGUGGCAUUGGUGCUGCAGUCUUUAAUGGCCGUCGUUGAGAUGCCUGAGCUGCAACUCUCACAGCAGCAGCAGCAGCAGCAGAAGCAGAAGCAGCAGCAGCAGCAGCUGGAGAAGUGUGAUGAGGACAUUGGGUUGUCUCCUGUCUCUCAUAUCCUGCAGGUUGCUGCAGCAGCAGCAGCAGCAAGGUUGCUGCGUCUGCUGCAGCACCGCGGCAGCUGCGCUGUGCCGCUACAGCCGCUGCUGCCUGCAUUUGCUGCGCAUAUUCGUCGCUUCUGCAUGCAUCUGCAGGCGUUGCAGGGCCAUCUGCUGCUGCAGCAACAAGCAGCAGCAGCAGCAUCUACAUCAGCAGCAGAUGAGGAUUGGAGUGAUGAUUGGACCUGCUGCUUCUCUUGUGUGCAGCAUCCAUCAUACAGCAGCAGCUGCUGCGGCAGCAGCAGCAGCAGCAGCAGCAACGUUGCUGCUAAGGCGCGGCAGCUGCUGCGGUUCGAAGGGCAGCUAGUUGUGCAACUUCUUCUAUGGGGAGCAGACGCUAUAAAGGCUAUGUCCUUAGAGGCGUCGCUGCUGCUGCCAGCAGCAGGGAGCCUUCUUGCUGCGCUGCAGCCGCUGCAGCAGCUGGAAGCAGCAGCAUGCAGCAGGCUUGCUGCUGCAGCAGUGCAGGUGCUGCUGCGGUGUACAGAGGCUGCUCGUUGGAAGCUAAAGGAGAGCAGCAGCGAAGAGGAAGCAACAGCAGCUGCUGCUAACUGUGACGAUCCUGCUGCUGCAGUGGCAGCAGCAGCAGCAGCAAACAGGAAGACAGAAGAAGCAAAACUGCUUCUGCUCAAUCGUUGGCGUUCUUCUGCCUCUGCUACUCUCCCGCUGCUAGUGGGGGGUAGGGUAACGGAGGAACCUGGGCUUAACUGCAGCAGCAGCAGCAGCACCAGCAGCAGCAGCAGCGCGGGUCAGUGGGGCUCAGCGCUGGACCGCGUUUGGCUGCUUCUGUAUGGCUGCAAGGAGACGCGUGAGGAGUUGCUGGCUGCAUCUUCUGCUGCAGCAGCACCCACAACAGCAGCAGCAGCAGCAGUAGCAGACAACGUAGCAGCAGCACGGCAUGCCGCCACUGCUGUCUCCUCGUACUUGAUGGAGACAGGAUGGACAAUGGCUACUCGUUGCUGCUCCCUACAAUCGAGACGCCCUUACCCCUGCACCUGCUCUGCAUGCAGCAGCAGCAGCAGCAGCAGCAAUAGCAGCAGCAGCAGCAGCUCGUGUAGCAGGGGCAGCGCGUGCAGCAUGUGGUGUCUGCCAGUAACGUCGGAGAGUUUUGCUGUUGCGUCUGCUGCAGCACUGAAUGCUGCACAACUUGCUGCUGCCGCAUCGCUGCCGCCUUCUGAAGCUGCUGCAGGCCCUGCAGGUGCAGCAGCAGCAACAGCAGCAACAGCAGCAGCAGCAGCAGCAGCAGCCUGCCUCAACGACCCUAGGCUGGUCGAGCUGCUGCUGGCAGACGUGCAGCUGCUGCGGGGUCUCUGUGGGGCCCUUGCUGCAUGCAUAGCACUUGUUAGCGAAGUUGAGCAGCUUACAGCACCAGACAGCCCCAGCAGCAACAGCAGCAGCAGCAGCAGCAACAAAAGCGAUCCUUCCUUGUCUCCCUGGGUGCAAAGCAUGCGCUUGCUGCUGCAGCAGCCACUGCUGCAGCGCCUCGCAGCAGAAGCAGAGGCCCUUGC